UGUGCCACCCAGCUGUUCUUCUUCUCCUUACUGGCUACCACUGAGACUUUCCUCUUGGCUGUGAUGGCCUAUGACCGCUUCUUGGCCAUCUGCAGCCCCCUGCAGUACCCUGCGACCAUGUGCUCCAAGACAUGCUCUCGCCUGGUGCUGGGCACCUACUGUGGAGGCUGCCUCAACUCCAUGGUGCAGACCAGCCUCACCUUCCAGCUGCCCUUCUGCGGCUUCAACCGCAUCAACCACUUCUUCUGUGACGUCCCCCCGCUGCUCCAGCUGGCCUGUGCCAACACGGCUCUCAAUGAGCUUCUCCUGUUUGGCCUCUGUGGUUUCAUCAUUGUGAGCACUACACUAGCGGUCCUGGUCUCCUAUGGCUACAUCGCAGUGACCAUCCUCAGGAUGCGCUCAGGAUCUGGGCGGCACAAGGUCUUCUCCACCUGUGGCUCCUACCUGACAGCCGUGUCCUUAUUUUAUGGAACACUAUUUGUGAUGUAUGCCCAGCCAGGAGCUGUGGGGUCCAUGGAGCAGGGCAAGGUGGUCUCCGUCUUCUAUACCCUGGUCAUCCCGAUGCUCAACCCCCUCAUCUACAGCCUGCGGAACAAGGAUGUGAAGGAUGCUCUGCAAAGGCUGGGACAGAGGCACAUCGCCAUGUGA